CCCCGACUCAAUACAACUAUCUCAACGACAUGGCUGAUCAAGGGCUUACGCAGGAGGACUUUCGUAAGUUAUUACAAACUCCUAGAGCAUCUACGAGCAAUGGAGAGCCAACCAGCAAUGCUGGUAAGAAAACAUUACUAGCAAGAGCACCGAGAAGCGUUGGCGCAACUUUUGCGAAACCGGAAUCCGUAAAAAAAAAGAAGUUCCGAGAACGAGACAACACGGAAAGACCUGAGAAGGAACAAGAUGAUAACUAUCGAGAUCGAGCGGCUGAGCGAAGGAAGGCGGAUGAUGAUGACAUUACGGCAAACAGUUUGCUUCAGCAGUUGAGCGAAGAUGGACAGGAGCUAGAUCAAAAAGCCAUUUAUGAGCAAUCGAAAUACCUUGGAGGAGAUACAGAGCAUACGCAUUUGGUCAAAGGUCUUGACUUUUCCCUUUUGGAACGCGUUAGACGACAAAUGAAAGGCGCAAAAGAGGUCGAAGAAGUUGAAGGGGAUGCUGAGGAAGACCUGGAUGAAGCACUUGUGUCGAAGAUAGAUGAUGAUCAAACUACAGAGGUCGCACCACAGAAUGAACCAGAAACCGCGGAUGAAAAUGACAAAAUUGAUAUCAAGGCACCCAUGGCACGACGAAUUUAUGAGAAAGCAGUAGUUGACGCCGGAAACAAUCCACCCCUGAAAAACGAACUCUUUUUCGCUGGACGAAUGGCAUUUGUAUUCGAGUUAGCCGACGAACGGGGGAACUACCGUGCUCCAUUUGACAUUCCAACCUCAGUUAUCCGAAGCAAAGCUGACUUAUCACAUAGAGGUACCAAAUCAGGUGCAGAAGAUCUAGAAGCUGAUGCUCAAUUGGUCAUUGGAAAAGUGGUACAAGUCAUUGCCAACUUCAAGAAUGGUGGACAGAGUUCUGAAGACACGCCGAAAGAUGAACCACCCCGGAAGAAGGCCAAACGUGAGCCAUCACCACCUAAAAUGAUCGUGGCAAUGGAUGACGACGAUGACAUAUUUGCUGACGCUGGAAGAGAUUAUGAACUGGAUGAAGACGAACAAAUGGCAGAAGACACGACUGAGAAUAAGUUACCUUCAGGCAAUUAUUUCCAUGGCAUUGCGAAGCCGGAGAAUGAGGAUGAAUAUCAAGAGGAGACAGAAGAACAACGAAAGCAGAACAUAGCUAAAAUCCUUGCAGCAUCAGCAGCUAUGCAUGACGAAGGCGAAAAGCAGAAAAAUGCAGAAAACAUGAAAUCAAAACUAGAAUCGACCGAAAUGCAAAUGGAUUUAGACGCAAAUGAUUACAAUACCUUUGGAUUGGGUGCUGACGCUUUACCAUCCUCUCUGGAUGAAUUGAAAAAGUCAUUCGCAUAUGAAGCUGACUAUGACGACGGUAACGAGGAAACGUCAUCAUCUUUAAUUGACGCAGGCACACAUCGAAAUAAGAAAGCCCAGCUGACUAGAUGGGAUUUUGACGACGAAGAAGAUUGGCAGCGAUACAAGGAUAAUUUGGAAGUAUUACCGAAAAGCGCUAUGCAGUAUGGUGUUAAAAUGAGCGACGGAAGAAAACGAAAUAGAGAGCAAAGGAAACCACCAAGUGAAAAACAGAAACUCGAUCGGGACUGGCAGCAAUUGAAGUCGUUUAUGGAUAAGAAGCGCGAUAAAUAGUAAUAGUCUUUUGCCUUUUUUUUUCCUGAUCGUUCGAUUGAAUACAGCAGUAUUUGAAGCAAAGCAUGGCAUUGCGGAGUUUCGUGACGUCGCGAAGAGCGGUCGCAACUGUACCCUUUUUCGACUUGUUGGAGGCAACCCUCUUUUUUGUUUUUCAAGCUAUAGAGAUCUUUCUAUAAUUCUUUCUCUCCCUCUUCUUCCCCAUCUCUUACAUAUAUUUUUCUUCACAUAACAAUCUUGCAAGCUUCACUAUCGUUUUUAUCUAUUUGCUAC